UCAGUCAUUGCGAAUGUGGUCUGCGGAGGACAGGGACGCCUUUCCCCGCCUCCCCGUGAGCGCCCAUCGCGCGGCCGCUGCCUCAGUUGCGUCCAAGCGCGGGACACGAUGAUGCAGGCGGUGUUGUUGUGCGGCAUCUCCCUCCACCUCUGCCUGUUCGUCCACCCGCUGCCGGCCCACGAGCGGAGCCCCACGCGGCAGCCGCAGGGGUGGCCUCACAGCAGCAGCAGCAACAGCCACAUAGAGCUAAAGAAGAAUCAGAGACACAAACAAGACACAACUAUUGAAGAUGAGCACUUCCCGCCCGUCAGAGCAUCCAGGAAUGACACAGAGUUUUGGAAUCGUCCUCGCUGUGGAGUGCCAGACUAUCCCAAGGUUACCCAGCUCGACAUGCGGCAUCACAGCCUGAAGAGAACAGCAGGAGGCCUGAAAAAGCAGGAGCGCAGCAAGCGGUUUGCACUCUUUGGAGGGCGCUGGGAGAAAACUGACCUCAGCUACAAAAUCAUGCGGUUUCCGUGGCAGAUGAGGGAGGAAAAGGUUCGAGACAUCUUCCGGGAAGCAUUUGGAGUGUGGAGCGAAGUGACGCCUCUGAGGUUCAGAGAGGUCACUGAUGGCAAAGCUGACAUCACCAUCGACUUCAACAGGUACUGGCAUGGGGACAACUUACCAUUUGAUGGUCCUGGAGGAAUACUGGCCCAUGCUUUCUUCCCCCGUACACACAGAGAAGGAGAAGUCCACUUUGACUUUGAUGAACACUGGACAGUGGGAAACAGUGUAGGCACUGAUCUCCUGCAGGUGGCUGCUCAUGAGUUCGGCCAUGUUCUGGGCCUUCAGCACUCUCAGGACCCCGAUGCGGUGAUGUGUCCUUUCUACAGUGACUCUUACCCUCUGCAGCUUAGUGAUGAUGAUAAGAGAGGCAUUCAGCAUUUGUAUGGGCCGCCUGUGCACAGACCGCCUGAGGUCACAGAGACCAAUGACAUCAGCUCUGAACUGCCGGAUGCCUGCAGAACCAACUUUGACGCAGUGUCCAUGAUCAGAGGAGAGCUCUUCUUCUUCAAGUCUCAGUAUGUUUGGCGUAUCCGUCAUGGACACUUACAGGGUGGCUAUCCAGCCUUGUCUUCACGACACUGGAGAGGUAUUCCUGACUACAUCGAUGCAGCAUAUGAGGACAAGUCGGGCAACAUCUGGUUUUUCCAAGGUGACAGGUAUUGGGUGUUUGACGCUGAGAGGAAGAUAACUGGACCCGACUCGGUCCAGCGGUUGGGUCUUCCUGUGACAGACAUCCAUGCAGCUUUGAAGUGGGAGGAGGAUCACGUGGAGAAAGUUUACUUCUUUAAGUCGUCCUUUUAUUGGAAGUUCAAUGUCCAAGAAAACAGAGUUGAGGACGUCCGUCCUCGCAGCAUGCACGAGUGGCUAGGACUGCCCAGUCACAUUGAUGGAGCCUUUCUUGAUCAAAACGGCUAUGCUAAUUUCCUGAGUGGGCGGCACUACUGGAAAGUUGACCCUGUGGCGUUGAAGGUGCUGGAAGGUUACCCCCGCCUAAUCGGCAUGGACUUCUUUCAUUGCUCUGCUGCUUUGUACAAAUGAUUUAUGAUUCUGAGCACUUUAUUAAUCAGACAGUAUAACACCAUGAAAACCUCUCAGGCUGUUUGGAGACUAAUGUAUUUGUUAUUUACAGGCAUAAGAUAGACAUCGGUAGGUAAGGACUUCAUAAUCAUUACCUGCUGCUCUCCAUGUUGUUUUUUAAAUGUAUACCGGUAUAUACAUUUUAUGUUACCGUAUAUUCAUUUUAUUGUAAAUUACAGUUGGCACACACCCCAUUAGGCCAAAAUGUUUAUCUUUUUAUCAUCAUAUCAAUGUGGAACCAGCUUAAAUGGUUGGUAUCAGGAAACACAAUCUUGCAUUAAAACAUGAUGGUGCAUUGGUUAGCGCUCUCACCUCAAAGUGAGAAGGUCCGGUUCAAACCCCAGCUGGGACCUUUCUGUGUGUAAAGGUCUCAGUGUACAUGUGUGGCUUUUCUCCGGGCUCCCCGCCAUGAACGCACCUUUUUUCUGCAAAGCCAUUAAGGUCUGGUCUUAAGCUCUUUAAUUUGUUUUUAGUAGAGGAGUUAUUGUGCAAGCUCUGAUGUGAUCAAAUCAGAGGUCAUGUUGCAUGUUAUUUCAGACUUUAACAGCAGAUAAAUAUUUAUCGAGAUGUUGGUUAAUGCACCCCCAUCUGGGUGGUGCGUUAACUCCUCUGCAUUUUCCAUAAUGAAUGGAGAAGUCCUCAGGUUUAAAUUGUUAAGGGUUGACAAAGGUUUUCUGGAAAGACAAAGCCAGAACCUUAGAUGGUACGAUUAUUUUAAAUGUAACUCAUUUGUUUACUCAAUUUUUAGAGAAAUGUGACGUAGUAGUUAUCUUAAAAAGUCAAACUGCUUUUUCUACAUUUUCUUACAUUAUAGUACUAUUUUUAUAGUUGUAGUACUAAUGGUGCUUCGCUGUCAUUCAAAACAAUCUCCAAAGUACUCAACUGUUUUUGUGCUAAUAUUCUAUGUAUUUACUUCAUGUUGAUGCUCUUUGUGUUCAGUGCAGGACACUGAUGAAUGCAUUGACCUUUUUUAUUGUGUUGUGCAAAGACAGUGUCACAAAACCAGGAUGUAUUCUUUGUCAUUGUGUUUUUGCAACUUCUGAUUUUUAUUUUGAAAAAUUCAUAUCUUACAAAACAUCAUGCAAAACUUUCAAAAAAUAAAUAAAAUCCAUAAAAA